UCUACACUUCAACGUGACAUAACACGAGUUCUUGACAUUGCGGCAUUUUGCACCGUUUUCUUCACUUUUUAAAGUGAUUAAAACUAUUUAAAUUAUCAACGACACAUAUCGGAAUUSAUACAGCAAUGUAGACCGUCGAAAUGAGKGAGGAGUCUGUWGCUGACGAAGUUUUAAGYGUCCUACAAAGRGGAAAGACCGGCUUUCAUUUCACAAACUGGUCGGAAACUUUCUCAUGCUCGCCUCAGUUUUACUUCGAACCAGAGUCUACACAAGAAAUAAGACAGAUCGUUCAAGUUGCGAAGCAAUUAAAACGCUGUGUGAGAAUUUGUGGUGCUGGUCAUUCCCCUUCAGAUAUUGUAUGCACGCCUGACUUUCUUGUGAGCUUGAAAAAAUAUAACGAUGUUUUGAAUGUUGAUACAGAGAGAAAGCAGAUYACAGUCCAGGCAGGGCUAAUGCUUUCAGAUCUUCAUGGUAUUCUAGACUCUUAUGGUCUUGGAUUUUCAAAUCUUGGUGCUUUGUCUGACUUCACAUGUGGCGGAGUGAUAUCAACAUGUGUCCAUGGAUCAGGUGCUAAUUAUGGUCUACUGGCAACAUUGGUUGUGAGCCUUGAGCUUAUGACGGCAGAUGGGAGAAUUAUUGAAUGCAGUCAAACUGAAAAUCAAGAUAUUUUCAAGUCAACAUUAUGCGGUUUGGGUGCACUGGGAAUUAUAUUGUCAAUCACAUGGCARUGCGAACUUGCGUUUAAUCUUCAUGAGAAAACUGAUUCAUGUCAUCUAGAUGAGAUGCUUGAAAAACUUGACAAAGAAAUUUCUUGUUGUGAACAUUUUAAGUUUAUGUGGUAUCCUCAUACUAACAUGGUUAAUGCAACAUAUUUAAACAGAACAACCAAGGCUUCAGUAAAGCCUAGGUCAAGUUGGUGGAAGGACUGGUUUUUUGGCUUUUAUCUUUUAGAAUUUCUUUACUGGCUAAGUUCUUUCUUGUCCAGUCUGGUUCCAGUCAUAAAUAGGCUGUAUUUUCGAGUAUUUUGUGAAGAACCRCGAGAAAGAAUUGAUAAAAGCUAUAAGAUCUUCAAUUUUAAUUGCUUAUUUAAGCAACAUGUAACUGAAUGGGCAAUUGAGAGAAAGAAAACACCCUAUGUCCUUCGCCGUCUAAGAGACUGGACAGAGCAUAGUGGUUUUAAUGUCCAUUUUCCAGUUGAAGUGCGUUUCGUUAAAGCCGAUGAUAUUUAUCUUAGUCCAUGUUACCAGAAAGAUGUGACUUUUAUCAAUAUUAUUUCUUACAGACCUUACGGCAAAGAUGUUCAGCGUGAAGAGUGGUGGAACUACUAUGAAGAGCUUAUUACCUCAGUUGGUGGGGUACCUCAUUGGGCCAAGGCACAUAAUUUCAGUGCUUCAAAUUUCGAGAAGUUGUAUCCAAAGUUUUUUGAAGUGCGUGAAUUGUGCAAGAAGUUGGAUCCUGAUGGAAUUUUCCGUAAUCAAUAUGUAAACAGAGUUUUGUUUGAGAGAGGACAAUGACAUCACACCAAGUCACAUGAUAUUACCAGACUCUCUCUAAUUGAUGUGACACAGGAACUCCAUUUAGUUAGUAUUUAUUAGRGAUAAGGAGAGUAGAGUCUGUCGUAUAACUUCCAUAUACAUUGUAUUGUUGUCCCUAUACAUGGCCCUGAUGUACAUAUAGAAGUCUCUCAUGUCCCUAUAGAAGGUUCAUUAAUUAUAUAUUCAAUCUUAUGUACAAAUACGUGGUUAUUCAUGCAUGCCAUUUGGAUAAAUACAACAAAAAAUUCAGGUUCACUCAAGCGAAUUGAACAUGGCUUGAUGGUUAGGAUGGUUUAGGGAAAAUAUAGGACUAGGCAAUACUGUAGCGCAUCAAAUCCUAAUGCUCUUCCUUAAAAGAAUUUCUUUGAAAAAAGUCUAAGUUCUUCUCCGCAUAGUACGUAUACGCAUGAGAGGCCUUCUGUGUGUAUCUCAAUGGCCUUGCACAUGUACAGCCUUAUAUGGAAGUCAUGCAAGAGAUCCUUCUCAAAUCGAAGCYACAAAUUUCUGACCCAAUGUGUUUAUUUAAACAACCAUGAAAUGGUGAAAAGUCUUGUACAAUUUUUAGACUUCUGCAUUAUUUAAUAUUAGCUAUAACUUAUUCAAUAAUACAAUUUUUUUUUUUCAAGAGCUGUCUGCUUUGGGUUAUCUGUAUUAUAUCGACACAGGAAGACCGAUUUUUAAAUGAACUUAACAUUUUUGUUCAGAAAAAAAAGGCAAAAUGAUUAAAAGUAUUUCAUAAGCAAACUAAUGUACCAUUUGAAUAUAAUUGUAUUCAAGAAAAAGUCUUGUAUUUAUUAUGAAAAAGUUAGUCAUAACUUUCAAUUCAGCUCAAAAACCACACUCUUACGAAAACAAUGAAAGUUUCCGGUCACAA